AUGGAAGAAGAAAAGGAAGAAGAAAAGGAAGAAGAGAAGGAAGAAGCGAGGGCAAAAGAAGCUAAGGUGGAGAAAGGGUCGAGGAAGCGUGGAAAAGGAAAGAGUGUGGAGAAAACUAAAGAGAAGAAAAAGGAAGUGGCAGAAAAGAAGGAGCCAGAGCAAAGGACUCCUGCUACUGAUCGCCCUGUACGUGAGCGGAAAUCAGUUGAAAGGCUGGUGGCAUCUAUUGAAAAAGAUGCUGUCAGGGAAUUCCAAAUAGAAAAGGGGCGCGGUACACCAUUGAAAGACAUACCUAAUGUGGCUUUCAAGUUGUCAAGAAGGAAAAUGGAUGAUAGCUUAAAACUACUUCAUACAAUUCUUUUUGGAAGGAGAGGGAAGGCACUUGAGGUCAAGAGUAAUAUAUCCAGAUUUUCUGGUUUUGUCUGGCGUGGAAAUGAGGACAAGCAAAAGACUAAAGUAAAAGAGAAAUUUGACAAGUGUAAUAAAGAGAAGUUGUUGGAAUUCUGUGAUCUGCUCAACUUACCAAUUUCCAAAGCUACUACUAGGAAGGAGGAUAUAGUUGCAAAGCUGAUAGACUUUUUGGUGUCCCCUCAUGCCACAACCACUUCGCUCCUUGCAGAAAAAGAGUCAAGUAAGGGCAAAAGCGCAAGAGGACAACUAAAGGAAGUUCAUCAACAUCUGGGGGCACAAAUUCAAAGCGCUCAGCAAAGAAAGAGUGACGAUGAUUCAAAAUUGGACGACAAGAGUGCAGCAGAUACAGAAGAUGAGUCAGAAGAAGACGAGAAAGAAGAUGAAGAAAAUGUUGAGGAGGAAAAUGAAAAUGGUGUUCACGAAAACUCUGAGGAUGAGACACCUGAGCAUUCAGAAAGUGAGGAGAAACUUGAUUCUUCAGAUGAUAGUGAAGAAAUGGAAAAGCAAAAGCCAAGGAGAAAAUCAUCAUCCAGAAAGAAGGGUUCUGCUAAAGCUCAAACUAAAAAGCCACAGAAGUCAUCAUCAAAACGCACUCCGGUGGAUGAUGACAGCGAUACGAGUCCAAAGGCAUCCUCAAGGAAGAAGAAAAAUGAGAAAGUCUCAAAAGUGCCAACUCCAACAAAAUCUGCCUCAAAGGAAAAGCCUGGGAAAAAGGUUGUUAAAGGGAAGGACAAGACCAAGGAGGAAAAAUUGAGGCCAAGUGACGACAAAUUGAGAGAUGCAAUAUGUCAAAUUCUCAAAGAGGUUGACUUUAAUACGGCUACUUUCACCGACAUUCUGAAGCAACUUGCUCGGCAAUUUGAUACAGAUCUCAGCCCGAGAAAGUCAUCCAUAAAGCUCAUAAUCCAGGAAGAGCUUACGAAAUUAGCUGAUGAGGCAGAUGAAGAAGACGAAGAAGGGGGCCCAGAGAAAGAUGAAACCGAGUCUGCCGGGCAAGAGGUGGAAGCCUGA